AUGUCCCUCCUCAUAGAUACCGCAGUAAUCACAAACUCGCUCUCGACGCCGUCUACCACCCUGUUGGGCAACGUUCAGAUUGUGACGUCCUUGACUGGCGACCCUGCCCAGCUUGAAUACCAGACUUCCGGUGGCUCUCAAGAACCAAGUUUCGUCACUGUAACUUCACAACAUGGAUCCUUAGUAACUUCUACAGCAUCUGGUUCUUCUCCAAGUAUCUCCUUGGAAAAUGGUUCUUCAUCUUCCAUCGUGACCCCAACUACGACUGUUACCAAGACUGCCUCGAGCUCUGGUGCUGCCCCAUCCACUUCAGGUAAUACCAAGUAUUCCUUAUUAAUUGCAUCUAUCUGGACCGUAGCAUUGGUACUUGGUCUUUAA